UGGCCUCACCCCCGCGGCUCGGCCGAUUGGCUGAAGGUGUCGCCUCCCCCGCCCUCCGCACCCCAGCGUCCCAGGUGACUCGGUCCCCAGUGGCGAUCUCUGUUUACCGAGAGAGCCGGCCCAGGUGGGGCUCCAUCCCGGCGCUCCGCGCUCGCUCCCCGCUGGGGCCCCGCCCGCGCAGCAAGCGGGGAGAACACCUGGCCCGAGCUGCUCCUCGCCCUUCCCCUCCCCCGCCGCCCGGAGAGACGGCGAUGACCCCCAAGCCGGCCGGACCCCCGGACGGGGGCUGGGGCUGGGUGGUGGCGGCCGCAGCCUUCGCGGUGAACGGGCUCUCCUACGGGCUGUUGCGCUCCCUGGGCCUUGCCCUCCCUGACCUCGCGGAGCACUUUGACCGGAACACUCAGGACACUGCGUGGGUCAGCGCCCUGGCCCUGGCGGUGCAGCAGGCAGCCAGCCCAGUGGGCAGCGCUCUGAGCACCCGCUGGGGGGCGCGCCCCGUGGUGAUGGUCGGGGGCGUCCUCACCUCGUUGGGCUUCGUCUUCUCGGCUUUCGCCCGCAGUCUGCUGCACCUCUACCUCGGCCUGGGCGUCCUUGCUGGCUCUGGCUGGGCCCUGGUGUUCGCCCCGGCCCUCGGGACGCUGUCCCGGUACUUCUCCCGCCGUCGAGUCUUGGCUGUGGGGCUGGCGCUCACGGGCAACGGGGCCUCCUCGCUGCUCCUGGCGCCCACCCUGCAGCUCCUCCUUGAUACUUACGGCUGGCGGGGCGCCCUGCUCCUCCUUAGCGCCGUUACCCUCCAUCUGGCCCCCUGUGGCGCCCUGCUGCGACCCCUGGUGCUCCCUGGCGACCCCCCGGCGCGACCCCGCGGGCCCUUGGCUGCAUUCGGCCUGGAUCUCUUCGCGCGCCGGGCCUUCCUAGUCUUUGCUCUGGGCACAGCCCUGGUCGGGGGCGGGUACUUCGUCCCCUAUGUGCACUUGGCCCCCCACGCUUUGGACCGGGGCUUGGGAGGGUAUGGAGCGGCGCUGGUGGUGGCGGUGGCUGCGGUGGGGGAUGCGGGUGCGCGACUCGUCAGCGGCUGGCUGGCCGACCAAGGCUGGGUGCCCCUCUCGCGGCUGCUGGCGGGGUUCGGGGCCCUGACGGGGCUGGGGCUUCUGGCAGUGGGGCUGGCGCCCUUGCUGGGGAGCCCGGAGGGUUGCGAGGGGCCCCUGCUGGCCGCGGCGGGGGCCUACGGGCUCAGCGCGGGAAGUUACGCACCCCUGGUUUUCGGUGUGCUCCCUGGGCUGGUGGGCCUCGGAGGCGUCGUGCAGGCCACAGGGCUGGUGAUGAUGCUGAUGAGUCUUGGGGGGCUUCUGGGCCCCCCGCUGUCAGGCUUCCUAAGGGACAAGACGGGAGACUUCACGGCCUCCUUCCUCACCUGCGGCUCUUUCAUCCUCUCUGGCAGCUUCAUCUACCUGGGGCUGCCAGGGGCGCUGCCCUCCUGCCCACCAGCCUCCCUGCCAGCCUCCCAGCAGGCCACCUCUCCUCCCCCUGAGAGGGGGGAACUGCUCCCCACUACUCAAGUUGCUCUGCUUUCCCCAGGAGGCUCUCAAUCCACUCGGGACACCACUUGUUGACCAUUUGUUUGAGCCACUCCCCCAAUAAAGAAUUUCUACCCAGUU